CCGGGGGAGAAGGCCGGGCAAGGCCAGGCCAGGGGGCCGGUGGUCCGAGUAUCCAGCUUGGGAGAUGCACAAGAAGAAGGGACCUUCGGGACCUCGAGGCCGAGGCGCCGCCACCGCUCGCCAGCUGGGCCUGCUGGUUGACCUCUCCCCAGAUGGCCUGAUGAUCCCUGAGGAUGGAGUUAAUGACGAGGAACUGGAGGCUGAAUUCUUGGCCUUGGUGGGGGGCCAGCCCCAAGCCUUGGAGAAGCUUAAAGGCAAAGGUCCCCUGCCCAUGGAGGCCAUUGAGAAGAUGGCCAGCCUGUGCAUGAGAGACCCGGAUGAGGAGGAGGAGGGAACGGACGAGGAGGAUGUGGAGGCUGAUGAUGACCUGUUGGCGGAACUGAAUGAGGUCCUUGGGGAGGAACAGAAGGCUUUGGAGACCCACCCUCCUGUGGCCCAGCCAAAGGCCACAACCCCCAGCCCAGGGGUAGAGGCCACCUUGCAGGAGAGGCUGGCCCUCUACCAGAAAGCAGUUGAAAGUGCUAGGCAAGCUGGAGAUGGUGCCAAGAUGCGACGCUACGACCGGGGCCUUAAGACACUUGAAAACCUGCUGGUCUCCGUCCGGAAGGGCAACACCAUUGAUGAAGGGGACAUCCCGCCUCCUGUGGCUGUGGGAAAGGGCCCAGAAGCUAUGCCCAGCCACACCCCUGCAUCCAUCCAGCCGACCCCUGUGAACCCACCAGCCCCAGAUCCCAGGGUCAUCACAGAGGGUCCUCCUUCCACUGCCCCAGCCUCGUCCCUGGUCUCUGCUAAGCCCCAGGUGCUCCCAGGUCCCUGCAGCCCUGGCCCCCUGGCCCAAUUGCAGAGCCGCCAGCGCGAGUACAAGCUAGCUGCCCUCCACGCCAAGCAGCAGGGAGAUACUGCUGCCGCUGCCAGAUUCUUCCGAGUGGCCAAGAGCUUUGAUGCUGUCUUGGAGGCAUUGAGCCGGGGGGAACCUGUGGACUUGUCCCGCCUGCCCCCUCCACCUGACCAACUGCCUCCGGACCCACCAUCACCACCACCGCAGCCUCCAGCCCCUUCCAUGGCGCCCUCUGUGCCAGAGGUUCCUCCACCCCCAAGGACUCUGCUGGAGGCACUGGAGCAGCGGAUGGAGCGGUACCGCAUGGCCGCAGCUCAAGCCAAGACCAAGGGGGACCAGCGGAAGUCUCGCAUGCAUGAGCGCAUCGUCAAGCAAUAUCAAGACGCCAUCCGAGCCCACAAGGCUGGCCGAACUGUGGACGUGGCGGAGCUGCCGGUGCCUCCAGGCUUUCCCCCAAUCCAGGGCCUGGAGGCCACGGAGCCCACCCAGCAGAGCCUGGUGGGGGUCCUAGAAACUGCCAUGAAGCUGGCCAACCAGGAUGAAGGCGCAGAGGAUGAAGAGGAUGAGGAGCCAAAGAAGCAACUCAACAGCCCUGCAGCCCCCACAGCCCAGCCCAAAGCCCCACCCUCAAGGACAGGCCAGUCAGGAUCUGCCCCAGCAGCCAAAGCAGCCCCCAAAGCCACAUCCACCAGAGCCCAGCAGCAGCUGGCCUUCUUGGAGGGCCGCAAGAAGCAGCUUCUGCAGGCUGCACUGCGAGCCAAGCAGAAGAAUGACGUGGAGGGCGCCAAGAUGCACCUACGCCAGGCCAAGGGGCUGGAGCCCAUGCUGGAGGCCUCACGCAAUGGGCUGCCUGUGGACAUUGCCAAGGUGCCGCCCGCUCCCAUCAACAAGGAUGACUUUGCCCUGGUCCAGCGGCCUGGCCCAGGUCUGUCCCAGGAGUCUGCCCGUCGCUACGGUGAACUCACCAAGCUCCUAAGGCAGCAGCACGAGAUGUGCCUGAACCACUCUAAGCAGUUCACGCACCUGGGCAACAUCGCUGAAACCAGCAAAUUUGAGAAGCUGGCAGAGGACUGUAAGCGGAGCAUGGAGACUUUGAAGCAGGCCUUUGCCCGGGGUCUCCCCACGCCCGCUGCUCGCUUUGAGCAGAGAACCUUCAGUGUCAUCAAGAUCUUCCCCGACCUCAGCAGCAAUGACAUGCUCCUGUUCAUCGUGAAGGGCAUCAACCUGCCCACACCCCAAGGGCUGUCCCCCGGUGACCUGGAUGUCUUUGUUCGGUUCGACUUCCCCUAUCCCAACGUGGAAGAAGCUCAGAAAGACAAGACCGGCGUGAUCAAGAGCACAGACUCCCCUGAGUUCAAGGAGCAGUUCAAGCUCUGCAUCAACCGUGGUCACCGUGGCUUCCGAAGGGCCAUCCAGACCAAAGGCAUCAAGUUCGAAGUGGUCCACAAAGGGGGGCUGUUCAAGAACGACCGGGUCCUGGGCACAGCCCAGCUGAAGCUGGAUGCCCUGGAGACGGCAUGUGAGGUUCGGGAGAUCCUUGAGGUCCUGGAUGGUCGUAGGCCCACAGGGGGGCGGCUGGAGGUGAUGGUGCGGAUUCGGGAGCCACUGACAGCCCAGCAGUUGGAGACAACAACGGAGAGGUGGCUGGUCAUCGACCCCCUGCCAGCAGCUGUGCCCACACAGGUUGCAGGGCCCAAAGGGAAGGCCCCUCCUAUACCUGUUCCUACGAGGGAUCCAGGGAACAGAUCAGCCCGACCCCUGCAUAGUCUCAGCGUGCUGGCCUUUGACCAAGAGCGUCUGGAGCGGAAGAUCCUGACCCUCAGGCAGGCACGGCGGCCGGUGCCCCCAGACGUGGCCCAGCAAUACCAGGACAUCAUACAACGCAGCCAGUGGCAGAGGGCGCAGCUGGAGCAGGGGGGCCCGGGCAUCCGACGGGAGUACAUGGCCCAGCUGGAGCGUCAGCUACAGUUCUACACAGAGGCUGCCCGGCGCCUGGGCAAUGACGGCAGCAGGGAGGCCGCAAAGGAGGCACUGUAUCGACGGAACCUAGUCGAGAGUGAGCUGCAGCGGCUCCGCAGGUGAGGAGCUGAAGGGGCGGGCAGCCCCCCGGAGAGCAGGGAGCAGGCCCAAGGCCCUGGUGCCGGGAGGAGCUAACAUGGCCACGACCUCAGACCAGACGAGCAGACAAUCAGAGGACAAUCGGCUCUGGAUGGACACAUCCCCUGCCAGGCCCACCCCGCCUGGCUGGAGCCUCCCUGGUAGAGGGCACUGGGGACAGUGUCCACCAGCCCACAUGUGCCCCUCACCCAGACUUGGCUGGGUGGGCCCCAGAGAGUCCGUUUGCACAGCCCAAGGGUGUGCGGCCCCUUGCCUACCCCUGAGGUGGGAGGGUGGCCAGGACCAAGCCCCAAGGGCCCCUGCAAGCACUUUACUUCCUGCCCCUCCCCAGCCUUAACCCUGAAGCUCACCCACACCCCAAAGAAGCCACUGAGGCCAGCCAGAGCCCAGCUGGCUCCCCCGAGGGUUGCCCUGGCCCAGCUGGGCCCCAAGGGCUGACACACUGAAUAAACAGCCCGGGCCAUACCUGGCUCACUCUG